AUGCAGAGGGUUCUAGAGAUGCUGGCGAAGAUGGGGAACGAGAUGGUGGACCUGAAACAUAGAGUAUCCGAGCAAAGCGACACGAUCAGGAAGCUGAGCGCCACGGUUUACAAGCAAAGCACCAUCAUUCAAGGACAGGAAGAUCUGAUCCGAGGCUUGGAGGUCCAAGUCCAGGAAUCCAAGGAAGAGUUUCGACAGCAAUUGGCCCAGCUUACGCAGAAGCUGAAUGCUUCGGGUGAGGUGACUCUGUCAAGCGGCGCUCGAGCAACGUUUGCCGAUAUUGCGCGCACACUGCCAGCGAGCCCGCCGACGAGUCUAUCCAGCGUAGCUGUCCCAAGAAAGCAGCAGACAGCCAGCGAUCCUCUCCAUUGUACCAUCGACACAUCUCGCGCCAUCGAGACUGAGAUGAGAGCGAUGAACGGACAAGAGACCUGGAGAGACGAAGCCGAGCUUCAGAUGGUCAAAGAGGCUGCGCAGAAGACAGCCGUGGAAGGUUCACGAGUUAUGCGAGACCAGCUGUACCCGGUCCGAGUCGACAACGCCAACCGCACAGCAAUCCUUGACGCGGAAGGCAACGUUCUGCCUGGAGCGAUCGAGGCCUUGAGUGCCGAAAACAGAGUGACCAUUGGCAAGAUUUCCUGGUUGAGCAAACGAGAGUCUGGCAAAGCGUACGGGUCCAUGGUGGUGUAUGUCACCAAGAAAAGCGACGCAGAAAGGCUUCUAGAAGGGCACUACUUUGACCUAGCGGGAGAGUCAGCCACCACCUAUGUAUUCGAGCCAAGAACGGGACCAAUCCAAUGCUUCAACUGCCAGGAGAUCGGUCACAAAGCAUAUGCAUGCAAGAAGCAGCGGACAUGCGGCAAGUGCGCAAAGGUUGGGCAUCACCACAGAGAGUGCACAGCAAUUGAGCCAAAAUGCGUCCCGUGUGGCGGACCGCACGAGUCGUUCAGCUGGAAGUGUAGGAUGAGGAACCCGAACAGUGAUGCUUGA